ACUUCAAAAAUACCUUUUAUUGUAUUCUUAAAGAUUUUAAGUGUUAUAAAAGCCUGCGAUGAAGUUUUAUUAGGGAAUAUUGAUAAUAUUUCAUCAGAGAAAAACUAAUCGACGGAGGAUUGGACUGUCGUAAGAAUCGAUAUCGAAAGUAUCGUAGAACAAGCCAAGUUUGAUUACUUAAGAUUUGAACAUAUGUCUAGGGAGAAACCCACAAAAACAACGCCUCGAACUAAAUAAAUGCACGCGACAAUAUUGGAUUAAUUAAAACGCAAUCACUAUAUGUGAUAAACUCUUCUCAGUGUACGGGGUAAACACAGUACACAGUGAGGUAUUGAGGAAGGCGCAAGACUGUCUCCGGUCGCAGUGCGGUGGAGGCGGUGCAGACGAGCCGCCAUGCUUGCGGUAUGUUGCUGCCGGACCAGACGUACGAGGGCGCCUCGGCUUCCACCACCUCCCCCGUCCCCACCGCCACCCCCGAGUUGGUCCCGCUGGCCGCGCUGCUUCGUUCGCAUCACGUACGCCCAGACUUCUUCUGCACGUAUCGUUCUCGACAGAUUCACAGACACAGACAGACGUCGGUGGAUCAAGAGAAGAAAGAGGAGACGCUGGAGGAGCUCGCUGAGCGGCAGCAGACGUCACACCGACCGCGUCGCGUGCGCUCUCAACGACUGGACGCAUCUUCGUCAAAUGAAGCGGUGCACCUCCAGCGGCGGCUGCUAAGCCUUAGUUCGGAGUUGGUCACCCUCCGCAAUCACCUACACGUUGGCGGAGCGAGCGGUGGAGCGGGCGCCGCGGGAGCCGUUGGUGCCAGCGGUGCAACUUCGUCCAGCGGCUCUCAGCCCGCGGUGCCCCCACGCGCCCCACUGCUUCUUCCACCACCUGCACCUGCGCCACCAUUACAGCCUCAUCACCCUCCGCCGCCCCCACCAGAGGCGAGAUGGCGAGCGGGCAGCGGAAGCGGAACCGCUACGGCGAACGUAUGCGCGAGCGCGACCGCAGGAGCGGGCGCAGGUACGGACGUGGACGACCUCAUCCAUCUCCGCGGCCCGCUCACCGAAGACGCCGUAGUACGAGCACUUCAGGCACGAUUCUAUCAUAAUAAAUUCUACACGUCCGUGGGGCCGAUACUCAUAGCCAUGAACGCGUACACGGACGCCGGCAACGCGCUGACGCCGGGCGCGGCGCGCGCGCAGCGGCCUGAGCUGGCGCGCCUCGUGCACGACGCCGUGCGCCACCAGGCCGACACCGGCUGUCCGCAGGCCAUCAUACUUUCAGGUGUAUCCGGGUCGGGCAAGACGUACGCGUCCAUGGUGCUGCUAAGAAGAUUGUUCGACGUGGCGGGCGGCGGACCGGAGACCGACGCCUUCAAGCACCUGGCGGCCGCCUUCACCGUCCUGCGCUCGCUCGGCACCGCCGCCACACAUGCUAACUCACAUUCCAGUAGGAUCGGACAUUUCAUCGAGGUGCAGGUAACGGACGGCGCCCUGUACCGCACCAAGAUCCACUGCUACUUCCUAGAUCAGACGCGCGUGGUGCGACCGCCGGCGGGCGAACGCAACUAUCACAUCUUCUACCAGAUGCUGGCCGGCCUCACGACCGACGAACGCUCUCAACUACAUCUUGACGGAUAUACGGCAAACGAUCUGCGUUAUUUGGCAUCAUCUCAUCCACGACGACCCGAACCCGAGGACGGGGCGCGAUUCCACGCCUGGAAGAGCUGUCUCGGAGUCCUCGGUAUACCUUUCCUGGAUGUUCUGAGAGUGCUGGCAGCGGUGCUGUUGCUCGGUAACGUGCACUUCACCGACAACGCCGAGGGCACGGCGGAACCGAACGGAGAGGCGGAGUUGGUGGCGGCCGGCUCGCUGCUGGGCGUGGGCGCGGCGGCGCUGAUGCGCGGGCUCGGCACGCGCUGCGCGCCGCGCGGCUCGCGGGCGCCGGCGCGCGCGCCCGCCAGCGCCGCCGCCGCCGCCGCCGCGCGCGACGCGCUGGCCAAGGCGCUGUACUGCCGCACCGUCGCCACCAUCGUGCGCCGCGCCAACUCGCUCAAGCGCCUCGGCUCCACGCUGGGCACGUUGUCGUCGGACUCCAACGAAUCCGUGCACCAGGACGCGGCGUCGCGGCGCGCGUCGACGGCGGGCGGCGGCGCGCGCGGGCGGGCCGGCGCUCGCUCCAUGGCGGCGCUCAACGACGCCGUGCGCCACGCCACCGACGGCUUCGUUGGCAUCCUCGACAUGUUCGGCUUCGAGGACGCCGGCCCGAGUCGCCUCGAACACCUCUGCGCCAAUCUUUGCGCCGAAACCAUGCAACAUUUUUACAACACGCACGUUUUCAAGUCUUCGGCGGAGUCUUGUCGAGAGGAAGGAGUAACCGGCGCGCUGGAAGUGGAGUACGUGGAUAACGUGCCUUGCAUCGACCUGGUGUCGUCGCUCCGCACGGGGCUGCUCGCCGCGCUCGAUGUGGAAUGCGCCGCACGCAAUACGGCCGAGCAAUACGUCGCUCGCAUUAAAUCCGCUCAUAGAGGUCAUCCCAGAUUGGCGGAACCGAAACCGCCUCACCCUCGGCGCUUUGCAGUCAGACACUACGCGGGCGAGGUGACCUACGACGCUAGCGAUUUCCUCGACGCGAAUCGCGACGCUGUGCCCGACGAGUUACUAGCCGCUUUUGAUACGAGGACUUGCGAGUUCGGUUUUGCGACGCACCUCUUCGGUGCCGAACUCAAGGCGCUGGCGGCGGCGGGCGGGCCGGCGGGCGCGCAGUUCCGCGCGUCGCCCACGGCGGGCGGCGCGGCGGUGGCGGCGGGCGCGCUGGGCGCCCCCCCCGCGCCCUGCUCCCCCGCCGCGCCCGCCUCCACGCUCACGCAGGACUUCCACACGCGCCUCGACAACUUGUUGCGCACACUCGUCCAUGCGCGCCCGCAUUUCGUUCGCUGUCUGCGCGCAAACUCGACGGAGACCCCCAUGCAUUUCGAUCGCGUCACGGUCGCACGGCAGGUGCGCGCUUUACAAAUUCUGGAAACCGUCCAACUCAUGGCUAGCGGAUAUCCGCAUCGUAUGCGGUUUCGGGCGUUCAGCGGUCGGUACCGCGCGCUGUGGCGACGCAGCCCCAGCGGCGUCGACCGCGAGUCCGGCGCGGGCUGCGCGCGCGUGCUGCGCUCCGUGGCCGCCGCCGCCGCGCCGCCCGCCCCCGCCUCGCCCGCCGCCGUCCGCUGGGCGCUCGGCAAGCGACACGUCUUCCUCAGCGAGGGUAUGCGACAGGUAUUGGAGCGCAUGAGGCGUGCUCGCCGGCAGGCGGCAGCCGAGCGCAUUCAAGCGGCGUGGCGGGCUCAGCGCGCGCGCGUCGUCCGGGGAGCCCGGCCGGCCCCUCCCGCGCGGCGCCGCCCGGCGCCCAUAGCCGGCACGCCGCCACCCGACCCCGCCGACAAGUGCGACCCCCAGCUCGUCAAACGCACUUGCUCACUCUUCGGACUCGACCUGGAGCGGCCGCCGCCGCUGCCGCCGUCGCGCGCGUACACGGUGGCGAACGGCGUGAAGCUGGGCUACCCGCAGCAGCGCACCGUGGCGGCGGACUGGGACGAGGCGGGCGUGCGGCUGCGCGUGGGCGACUGCGUGCUGGCGCUGGGCGCGGCGCGGCGCGGGCACGUGUCGGUGCGCGCGCGCGGCCGCACGGUGCCCGUGCCGCACGCCGUGCUGGCGCCGCCGCGCGCGCCGCGCCCCGCGCCGCCGCCGCCGCCCGCGCCCGCCUGA